CCUGCAGCCGUGAGGUGUGGUAAGGGUGGUAUGUGUGAGUGUGUACAUAUAAAAUGUGUGUGUACAGGGGAGUGUCAGUAUGGAAGAACAGUCUUCCUCACUCUGUCUUUCCAGUCGUUUCUCCCACCUCUUCACAUCCAAAUUAUAGCUAAAUAGGUUUUCCUGAUCAUCUGGAGCGAGAGCCCAAAUUUAUCAGGAAAUACUUGGUAAAGUCCACCUCCCCCGACAACUUUUUCCAGGAGUACAAAGGAGGGAGUUAUCUUUUUUUGGCUGCAUACAAGUCCAUCAAAAACGCUGUUACAGCUGGUCACAGCUUCUGAUUCAAAAUGUUAUUUGCUCUAGGACUUGUUUUCCUUCUAACCCCACUUGCCUCUUCUGAAACCACAACCAACUUGAAGAGAGACGCAGCAGAACGAAACGCAACUAAACUCCGUGAAGCUCUCAACCCUUCCAAACCAAAAAUCCCAGCUUCAACUCAGAUCUUUCACCCCACCCCCAAACCAAACACAGUCAAUGAGACCAUUUUACUCACUUCAGCCACCAAACUAAAACCUCAACAAGACAACACUACUGAGGCUAGCAAAAGUAGAUCCAGAACUACAGAUGCUCCAUCAGUGACAGCGAAAAAUCCAAAGACGAAUAGAGCUGUCUCCAACAAAGGGAAGCAUUUAAAAGAAGAGUUGACCUUGACUCAUGAUGCUAAGGGUAGAAAGGGGAAGCUUAGUUCCAAUGGAGCAACAAGUGUUCAGUCAACACCUAUGAAGUCUACAUUAGCCCACAAUGCUCAGUUGUCCACACACAAACCCCAGCAAUCUGUCAAUUCCACAGUCCCAACUGUAUCAAAUCAUGGGAAGACAUCAAAGGAUGAAGCUAUCCAAAAUGCCUCAUCAUCAUCAUCAUCAACUGAGUCUCAUUCAGUCCGCACGGAAAAAAUCACCAGAAACAAACCAAAGCAAACAGUCAACCCUCCAGCUUCAAAUGUACCUCUUUUAUCAAGUCAUAACACGAAUAAGACAAUUCCUUCACCACCCAAAAAAUCUCACAGCGUCAAAGUCAUGACACAUAAACCUCCACCAUCAAAAAACCAAACAGAUGUAGAUGAAUCUCAUUCAUCCCAUGGCAGCAAGACAGCAGCGGCGGAGCCUGUUUCAUCAAAAACCAGAAGUACUACUCUUGUCAAGAUCACAAAACUUUCCAGAACUAAAUCCCAGCAACCGGACAAUCACACAGCAGUUACUGAAUCUGCUUUGCCCGCUCACCACAAGGCUGUCAAAAACGAGACAACUCAAAAUGUUCCGUCAAGUUCCAAAAAAUCUCCUUCAACUCCAUCUGAUAAACCUAUGAAAACCAUACUUCAUCAGUCGAACAAUCAUACAGAAAGUACUGAAUCUGCUUCACCCACCCAUAGCAAGGCUAUCAGAAAUGAGACAAUUCAAAGUGUUCUGCCAAUUUCUACAAAAUCUCCUUCAACUCAGUCUGAUAAAUCAAACAAGCUUCAGCAAUCAGACAAUCCCCCAGUUUUAAAUAAACCUGGUCAAAAGAAUAGCAAAGACAACUCUACUCAAACUGUUCUGCCCACAAAGACCAAUGCUAAAAUAUCCAAAGGCAACAAUCAGACUGAUUCUACCAAUCCCCAGGUCAAUGACACCCCUGCUGUCACAAAGCCUCAAGCAAAAGACAAUUCGAAAGUAAAAGCAUUAAAUAAAACUUCAAUUGAGGUUCCAAGUACCGUCACCAAAAAACAACCAACCGAUUCCCAACCAGUCACGGUGGUCAUCUGUAAUGGGUGUGACUCAAGUAACAACAAGGACCAUGAAGUGAAGCUGUCAGCUGGCACUCCACUGGUGGUGACCCAUAAGAUAAGCUUGCUGCCGGGGGGCUGCACUGAGGGGCAUGACGCCAAGUUGGAUGCCUUGAUAGAACGAGUAGCCCGACUAGAAAAAGAGAUGUCCUUCCUAAAAGAACAAUGUCCAUGUUCUACUAAAUGUCCAAAUAAUUGUAGUGGAAAUGGAAGGUGUGAAAAGGGGAGCUGUAUCUGCCAGCAGGGGUUCAUGGGUGAAGACUGCAGUAAGUGUAAACAAGGGGUAGAUUGUAAUACAAAAGGACCUGCAAACAAAUUCCCUAAUUCUGACCACCCAAAAGACGAACCUCGAGAUAAUGAGAUACAUCACAAUGAGACGAAGUCUGUUACAACGGAAACAAAGAACACUACAAAUGCAUCCAGUUCUCCAGCGCCAGACAAUACCGCCUUGAACAAAACAGCAAUUCGUGAGACAGUGACCAGGAAGAGAGGAGGAUUAGGGUCGGUGAAGGUGGCAAACAUCUCCUCCCACAGCCUCACGGUCACAUGGUUAGCUCCACAAGGGAUGUUCAAAAAAUUUACAGUGACCAAACGAGAGCUACAGUCAGAUGGUGACAAAAAUGAACCCCUGAGAGUUGAAGAACAGGACAUAAGCUCUACUGCGAGGAACACCACUGCAGUGGAAAAUGAAAGCACAACUCUGUUCUCUGGAAAAGUUGGAGCUAAGAGGACCUCUGUGAUGGUACCAGGUGAUUCACGCUCUGUGGAGAUUACCAAUCUUCAGGCAAACACUCUCUAUGUCCUGCAAGUUUUUGGCACGGCAGAAAACAGUCGAUCAAAAACUCACAGAGUGACCGCAACUACAGGUCCUGAGCCCCCAACACGGAUGCUUUUUAGUAAUGUCACUGAAUCUUCUGUUGGUGUUUCCUGGGUUAAACCAAAGACAACAUUUACAGGCUUCAGAAUUACGUACAUCAACAUUGUGUCAGGAGCAAGUCGAUUUGUGACACUGGGAUCCAAACAGUCUCACGUAGUUCUGUCUAAGUUGUCUCCUGGAUCGUCUUAUAUGAUCAGCAUUACUGCGACUAAAGGCACAGCCCAGAGUGAUGAACUCACAUCCAUUAUAACCACUGUCCCUGCACCUCCAAAACAUCUUCAAGUCACCAACGUGACCCAUAAUAGAGCUUUGUUACGGUGGACUCCCAGUCUUGGGAAAGUUGACCGCUUCAUCAUCAGCUAUGAGUCCUCAAAGACUCCUAAUGUGACGGUAACAGUUAUGCUGUCUGGAACCUCAGUGGAGCAUCAACUGAAAGGUCUACAGAAAGACACUGUUUAUACCAUCAAAAUGCUGAGCCAAAAAGACAGUCUGAAGAGUACAACCAUCUCAACAUCUUUUACUACUGCAAAUGUGGUUAAACCCAGUGAAGUUGGGCCUCGCUCUGCGGUUAUUGCCUGGAAAACGCCCACUGUUUAUAAGAGCUACAGAGUGAUCUAUGAAGUUCCAGGAAAAGAGAAAAAGGAGGUGAUCCUGCCACCUACUGCCAAUGAAUAUAAGCUGACAGGCCUGUUCCCUAUGUCACGAUACACCGUUGUUGUACAAGGGGAGAAAAAUGGACACUACACAUCUAUAUUUACCUCAGAGUUCGUCACAGGAAAACUGCGGUUCCCUUUUCCCAUGGAUUGCGCACAAGAGCUGUUGAAUGGAGCUUCAGAGUCUGGAGAAGUAGACAUUUACCCAGGAGGGAAAGAGGGAGAGGCAGUCAGAGUAUACUGUGACAUGGAGGCCGAUGGAGGUGGUUGGACGGUCUUCCAGAGAAGGAUGAAUGGAAAAACGGAUUUUUACAGAACCUGGCAUGAAUACAGUGUGGGGUUUGGAAAUCUAAGUGAAGAAUUCUGGCUCGGUAAUGAGCUCCUGCACAACCUGACCAGUGUUGGGCCUGUGAGUCUGCGAGUGGAUUUGCAAUCAGGAAAUGACACAGCGUAUGCUCACUAUACCAACUUCUCUGUGGCUUCAGAAGAGAGGAACUACACUCUUACUGUGUCUGGAUACACAGGAACAGCAGGCAACUCAAUGAAGUUACACAGCGGCCGACCAUUUUCCACCCGAGACAAGGACCCCGAUCGCCUGGAAAACCAUUGUGCCAAGCUUUACAUGGGCGGCUGGUGGUACAAAAACUGCUAUAGGGCCAAUCUAAACGGCCUUUACGGCUCUCACACCAAAAAUCAGGGAAUCGUUUGGAUAGACUGGAAAGGCAAAGACUCCUCUAUUCCUUUCACUGAGAUGAAGUUCAGACCCUCCUUGUUCUCUGCAACUCAUGGCUAAAAAGUCCCUCUCUACCAGCAGACAGUCCCCGAUCUGCAAGACAGCCAGAGCUUCAGAAAUGUAAUAUUUCAAAGCUGCUGCAUGUAUCUGUCCAUCUAAAAGUCCAUGCAGUGAAUCUGUUGGCUGAACCUGCACCUGUCCUCUUUAGUUCAAUGUUUUUUUUUUUUGUUUUUUUUUUUGUCUGUGCUUCUGCUAGAUGUACCAAUGAAGUGGAAACCAAUGUCAGUGCAGUUUUAUAUGUGUUUUCUAUUUUACUUUGAAAUAUUUCAAUGUUUUUUUUUCACCAAUAUGGUUUGACAGCCCACUACUGCUGUAACUAAAUAUGCACUGUCUUACUGCAUGGAAAUAAAUCAGGCUAAUGUGGGUC